GCGGGUCAGCGGAGGGUUGCGCGCCACGCGUUCCUACGUAUCUAGUCCGCACUGCUGUAGAUUGCAGGAUGAGUGAAAUGGCCUCAGGAGACAAAAUGGGAGGUGAUAAAAAGCAAGUUCGUGUCUGGUGUGAUGGCUGCUAUGACAUGGUACACUUUGGGCAUGCCAAUUCACUGCGUCAGGCCAAGGCCAUGGGUAACUACCUGAUGGUUGGAGUGCACAGUGAUGCAGAAGUCACUGAGCACAAGGGGCCACCUGUCUUCACAGAACAGGAGAGGUACAAGAUGGUGCGUGCCAUCAAGUGGGUGGAUGAGGUGGUGGAGGCGGCUCCGUACGUCACCACGCUGGAGACACUCGACAAGUACGAGUGCGACUUCUGCGUGCAUGGAGAUGACAUUACAAUGACUGCUGAGGGCGUGGACACGUACCACAUCGUCAAGGCCGCCAACCGAUACAAGGAGUGUCUGCGGACCAGAGGCGUGUCUACCACGGAUCUGGUGGGACGCAUGCUGCUCAUGACUCGCAGCCACUUCAAGACGGGUAAGGACGAGUACUCGGUGGACCUGCCGCCGGAAGCGUCGCUGGAGCAGGGCGCCACGGCCCACAGUCCCUGGACGGGCGUGACUCAGUUCUUGCCCACCACCCAGCAGCUGAUUCAGUUUUCCUCCGGCAAGGUGCCCAAGCCGGGCGACCGGGUGGUGUACGUGGCCGGGGCGUUCGACCUGUUCCACGUGGGUCACCUGGAUUUCCUGGAGAAGGCUGCGGCGCAGGGCGACUUCCUCAUCGUCGGACUUCACACGGACCCAAUAGUCAACCGCUACAAGGGCUACAACUACCCGAUCAUGAACCUUCACGAGCGCACGCUGAGCGUACUGGCGUGUCGGUACGUGGACGAGGUGGUGAUCGGCGCGCCAUACCCGGUCACGCCCGACCUCAUGGACCACUUCCGCGUGGACGUGGUGUGUCACGGCACCACGCCCAUCUCCGACGACGUCGAUGGCUCUGACCCGUAUGCUGAGCCGAAGCGCCGCUCCAAAUUCAAGCAGAUCGAGUCGGGCAACGACAUGACGACGCAGAAGAUCGUAGAGCGCAUCAUCGAGCACAGGAUGGAGUUCAUGGUGCGCAACAUGAAGAAGGAGAAGAAGGAGAUGGCCGCCUAUGAGGGCCUACUCACGCGCCCAUAAGGAGGCACAGUAGACACCAUUUACAAGCCCUCACGUACCCACGAGCAGCCCCGGUAGACGCCACAUCAGAGACGUCAGCUACCCACGGCGGGCCGCCGCAGACACCUCGCCUUUUUCUCGUGCUGACGACAAGCCGCCGCAGAUGUCACGCCUGAGACCUCGGGUCGAGACUGGAGUCACGUGUGAGGUCUUUGGCGAUGACCCGCGUCAACAUUGGAGAGUGUGCACCGGGGCCCGCGUGCCCACCACCUUCACCAGUCCGGCCUAGCAAACUCCGAGUGUGAGGCGGACGGCGUCGGAGUGACGCGUGGUGUUGGUGCGGAGAUAGCCCGGCCGGCACCAUGGAUCG